UUAAAGCUCUCGGUGACGUGCAACGGCCGUGCGCUCUCCCAUUAACAUCUAGCGACGCUGAAGCAGGAAGGGUAUCGCGGAUCAAGGUGUAACGGGGAUCUAAAAACAUCGCCCUAAUUAGACGUAGAAACAUCAUGUCGGACGCCGAGGUAGCAACAGAAAGCCACGCAGUUGAUUCUGUAAAGGCCGAGAAGAAAGUUCUGGCUACCCAGUGUACAGGAGUUGUGAAGUGGUUUAACGUUCGAAACGGGUAUGGAUUCAUCAACCGUGAUGAUAACAAAGAAGAUGUGUUCAUCCAUCAAACUGCAAUUAUUCGAAACAACCCACGGAAAUAUCUCCGCAGUGUGGGGGAUGGCGAAGUUGUAGAGUUUGAUGUUGUUGAAGGGGAAAAGGGUUUACCUGAAGCUGCAAACGUUACGGGACCAGAGGGUGCUCCGGUUCAAGGCAGCAAAUAUGCGGCCGACCGCCGAAGAUAUCGUCCACAGUAUCGUCGUCGUCCAAGACCCCAGGCAUUUCUUCGGCCUCUCCAGAGACAUAUUAACACUGGUGAAGAGGGCGACUCAAAAGAGGGUCAAGGUAAUGAUGAAGAUGGGGAACAACAGAACAGACCCCCUCCCAGACGAUACAGAAGACGUCCCCCAUGGUUCCGAAAUCGACGUCCUAGACGUGAAGAGGAAGGUGAAAACCAGGAAGAUGGAGAGCAAAAAGAAGGCGAAGGAGAAAAAAGAGAACAGCGUCGCCCACGACGUCCAAGACCACGUCGUCCAAGAAAAAAUCCACAAGAGGGAGAAGGUGAAGAGGGCGGUGAGGCCCAGGUGAAUGGCGAAGAAGGGGGUGAACGUCCACCUCCACCACGAAGACGUAGAUUCAGACCUCGUCGUCCUCGCCCUCCUCGUGAAGAUGGUGAAGCUGCAGAAAACAAUGAAGAAGGUGGACAAGUUCAACAGGAUGGAAACAACCGUCCACCUCGUAAAUACAGACCUCGUCGGCCAAAAGGUCCAAGACGUCCUAAAGGCGAAGGCGAACAAGGAGAUCCUGAGAAGGGAGCUGUUGAACAUAAUGGUCAACCAGAAUCUGCUCCUGCUCCAGCUAUUGAAGGAUCUGGAUAAUUGCAGAUCGAACACGACUCCCAUCCACCGACAUUCUUGAUGAUUCAUCGGACAGUUUGCGAAUAAUAUGUUUGUUCUACUCUCUUUCAUCACUAUUACUGCACCUGAGCUGAUGCACGAUUGCUCAUUCUCUUUUUUCAAGUCAUCGGUGAAAUUGACUUUUCGGUUAUGGGUACUUUUUACGAUAUUGUGUUCGACUUUAGACCUAGAUUAAAACUGGUCGAAAAUUUCCACCUGGUUAUGCUUGCUUCAAGCAUGGCCAAUACAGGCAUGCAUGGCAAAUCAAGCAUGAUCUGGUUGUGAAUUUCUGAUCUUGUAGCUUUGCAUAGAUUAAUGAUACCACCUAUUAGAAAGAAAACAUCUUCUUAAGCAUAUAACUAAAUUAGCGCCAGAUAAAUCGAGGCUGUUAUGAAGUAUUAUUCCACCCUAUUAAACAACCGCUGCCCUUUUUGCGCUUGGGCAAGAAAUAGGAACGUUUCAACAUCAUACCCAACAAAAGCACCACUACUAUGACCUACAGAAUUUUUAGUCACCCCCAUUGUUGUAUUUGCAUGCUAGUCAACUUUUUGCAUGUCUAAUAACUAAUGAAUGUAGAUUUUUGUAUGGGACAUUUCUGUAUCUUAUUCAGUCAAAUUUGGUCAACUGGAACUCUCACGUUAUUCUCCGCCAGGGGUAUAGUUUGUGUAAUUAUGCUGUCGCAUAUCAUGAAAAAUAUGGUAAUUGUGGCUAACAUGUUAAAUUGCAACAUCGCACGAUUUCUUCGAGGAAGGUGACUUGCCACCAAAUUUCUGGAGAAUUGACUUGCUGAAUGAUAAGUUACUAAACCAUAUAAAAUCGUACCAUCUGUAAUUUGUCGUUAUACCAUUCUUAUUUAGUGGUUUCAUUGUUGCUGUCGUUCUUAAUUUCAAAUGGAAAAAAAUGUUUCCCUGAGGUUUCUGUGAUUUACUCUUGGUAGCGAAGCUUCAUUUUCCCUGCAAUAUUUCACCACAAACGAGUGCUUCAAAAUUAUUCUUUUCGAUCGUUUACCUAUUCUAUUUUCUCGUGGUUGCUUUUCCACUGUAAGUUUAUUGAAAUGUUGUAUUACAUCCUGUGUGGUGCUGUAUUUUGAAUGACUUCAUACUUAAUAUGCCCUCCGAGCUGUAGUACAACUUUACUUUUUGACUAGCUUCUGAGGUUUAAGCUGCUACUCAUGAAUGUUAGGAAUUUUUGUUAAAUUAUAUUUCACACGUGGAAAGCAAUUAACUUACUAAGAUCUGGAUUGUUUUGAGUGUUUAGUCCUUUUAUUUUUUUCUUGUGAGAAAACGUUCAAUACUGAGUUUCUUUUUGUUUGUUUUGAAUAUGAUGAAUUACAAUGCCUCUGGGAA